GUAAGCGAUGAAAGACUGAUAAAGGGGAGGCGACACCAACAGAGGGACAUGCUAAUGAUGAUGGCAUGCUGCGGUCGAAGUGUCACUCGCUAGCACUUGCAAUUACUUAUGUUUCCCGUGUGUCUGGCACCGUUCUCGCUAGCAUCUCCCCGUAUGCGUAUGUCCCCGACACUCGGAAUCCAGGAGUCGUAUGGAACGAGGUUGGGAAGCUGGGGUGGGUUAUCGCCUGGGAGUGUAUGCGACACGGACGAGCACAAGAACUGGCAACGCGAAAGGGAACGACAGGAUCCUUAUAUGCUAGUUUCGGAUGACGUCGUCGCUUCUGCUGUGUUGCGAUGUCUAUGUGAUGUCCGUGCUCCGUUGAUACGAGUUGCGAGCUCGCCAAUGCCUGU